AGCGUAGGAGUGAAGGAAAUAGGUCAGACCAUAACAGAUCGGAAAAUAUCGCAGAAUGCGUGAAUUUUCAGUGGAUGCUCCCUGGUGGCUCGUUCUACUUACUCGUCGAUCAGUGAAUCCUUGUACACCUUUGUUUUCGUGGUCAACUACUAUAAGGUCGAAGAGGGUUAUAACCCAAACCCAGUCACACCCACCUGUCCAAGCGGGGUUAUCCACGAUUUUGUGCUAGCACCGUUCAGUCUGAAUUCUUCCACGGUUAAAAUAACGAUAAACUCGCCUUUCAUGAGAGGUUAGUGUUGGCUGUGUACAAGCACUCUUUAGCGAUUUAUUGUAGCAAAUCGACAGAAUGUCUCACUCUGUAACUGUAACCAGAACAACCACAACUACGACCACAUCGGCAAUUAUCAUAAACACAGGAUAUUUCAAGACAUGGCCUGGCCUGUUCAAACUUCUUCAAAUGAUCCUUGGAGCUGUAGUGGUUGGUUUUGUUAGUUAUUAUUAUAAUUCCUACCUAUAUCGCACCCCUGUAACAUUCUUCCUAUUGACAGCAGUGGCAUUUCUUAUCGGUACAUUUUUGAUAUUACUGUCAUGUAUGAUAUCAAUUUCAACAGCAUCUGUGCUACCGAAGACAAUUUAUGAAGUUGUUUAUCAUGGGUUCGCUUUUAUUCUUUAUCUGGCAGCUAGUAUAACAUUCAUAAUUGAAGUAAAUCAUUACUCGAAUACAAGAUAUGACAACCACUACGAAUGCUACUUUGCAGCGGCCAUACUUGGAUUCGUAAUAACCGUUCUCUACUUGUUGAGUACCGUCCAUGCUAUGAGGACUUAUAGAUUAUAGAGGAUUGUAAAGAUGGAACAUUGGAAAAAAAUCGAAUUUAUAUGGAAACAAUUUUUGAGCUAAUUAUUAUUUUUUCUGCAGAUUCAUUUUGUGUUGAUUGGGUUUAAAAUUUUCAUAAACUGAACUCAGAACAGAACAGCUGUAUAAUAACCAAGAAUUAAGAAUAAUUUAUUGCAUUGACUCAAAAUUUGGAAGAUAUAGAAAUGAAUAUUUCGUUUUAGUUUUGAGAUAAUAUAGUUUUUUACUCAAUGUACACUGCAUUCAUUCAAGAGGAGAAGAUAUAUCUACAAUAUCUACAAACUUAUGUUUUACAAAUAAAGAAAUAUUAGAGAUUUUUGGCAAAUUAUGUGCCUUAGGUAUAUUGUUAAGGACUACUUUUGAUAGUUUUUUUUCUACUAUACGUCACCUACAAUAAUAAUACCAAAUAAACAUAUUUUCUUACCAUUUUACAUUAUCAUCCACAAAAACCAUCAGAGUAGGAUUAUGGAGUGUAUUUACAUUAUAAUAAUCAUAUUUUUGAAAUUCGUAUAUUUUAUACUUUGAAAUCAUCAUGUUUUACAAAUAUGUACUUAUUUAUUUGUACAGUUUUUUAUGUGUUUUACAAAUGUGAAAUAAAUAUAUAAAUAU